GGAGUGUAUACACUCACAAUGAUGCAGUGUGUGGGGUGAGGAGACAGUUCAGCUCAGUAAAGACAGAGAUUAGAGAGAUGAAUAUGCUCUGUGUCUUGUGUCAUAUUCGCUUGUUUGUUCAUUUGUUCUGGGCUGUCAAGAUAGAGAUGUGAUCCUUUUGGGUGUUUGUUUUGGUGAUUUCAAUAUCAACAGCAUUUCUCAGACCUGUAAGUACACAGUAUAAGUGAGCAUACUGAUGAUGAGUAUUGACAAUCCAAUGUGUAUUAUUUAUUUCUGGUGUCAUUUGUGUUUGUUUGUUUAUUUGUAGUAGUUUCAUAAAAAAUGUAGGGUGAAAACAAGCUAACUUAACUUUAUGAAUGUGUUUUACUUCCCAGAUCAUGUAUGCCAGAGCUGUGUGGUUGGAGCAUGGUAAAGAAGUGGAGGGAACUGCGCCAGACAACUGGAUUGAUGCUGAAAAAAAAAUCAUUAGAUGGCCUAAAAAAGGGGAAAAGGCAGCUUUCCUCAAUAGGCACUCCCCUCAGGAUGACUGGAUGACAUUCACCUUGGUGAAGCGUAAAAUGACCUCUGUUAGCAUUCGUGAAUGCGAUGAUUAUGACAUGAAGAGUCAUGUUGAGGAGGAAGAGGAGGAAGAUGAGGAAGCAGUUCGGAGGAAAAAGACCAAACGCAACUUUGAUGACUAUGUUCUUGAAUCUGAUGAUUUGGAGGAGGAAGAAGAGAACAUGACAGAUGCCAUUAUCAAGGCGCCCUCCUUUCCCAUUCCACCAUCAAAGGUGACAAAGUCCAUCCAGAUGGAGUCUGCUGGAUUUAACAAAAAGUUCACUGGUGCUAAACUCUGGACACUCAAAUUUAGCCAGGUCUCACCAGACAGGUGUUGGGUCCAGGGACAGGUCAACAGGCAGUUAGUAAUCAUCAUAUUGCUGGGUCCAGUCAUCAGUCCAGCCACAGUGAUGUGUCCCAGCACAGUGACGGUUCCCAGUACAGCGGCGGGUCCCAUCACAGCAAACGGUACCGACACAGGAAGCAGUCCAGGCACAGCGACCAGUCCAGACCCUGGGCAUUUAAAUGUAAACCGAGCCAGCCAGUUGAAGGGUGCUGGGUCCAGUCAUCAGUCCAGCCACAGUGAUGUGUCCCAGCACAGUGACGGUUCCCAGUACAGCGGCGGGUCCCAUCACAGCAAACGGUACCGACACAGGAAGCAGUCCAGGCACAGUGACCAGUCCAGGGACAGCAACCAGAUGCGACAAGGCAAGCAAUUUGUUCAAAGGAGAGUAUUCAUUUAAACCCUUAUGCAGUUCACAGAACCAAGAACGUAAAUAUUCUAAAGUAGCGGCCGUGUUAUGAGAUAUUUUGAACAACUGGUUUGGUGUUUAACAUUCUGAGCCUCAUGGUUGAGCAUAGAGUUGUUCCGAUAGAUUAUAGUAUCGUGUCAGAGAUAUCGCCUGUUGCUGAUGCCUUUGACGAUAGCAAAA